AUGGGGGAUGAUAACAGAAAACGUUUAUUUUGGCCUUUAGCCCGAAUUACAGAAUUGAUCCCUGGACGUGAUGGAAAGAUUCGUACGGUUAAACUUAAGACCCGGCAUGGAACAGUUAUACGACCAAUACAACGCAUCUUUCCUCUGGAGAUACAGGCCAAUGACAGAAACAUAAUUCCUGAUAAGAAACUGGGUGCAGAGGAAUCUAAUUCUAGUGCUGGGUGCGAACAUGUUGUUAAGUUAAUGUCACAACAGUCGUGGCUUUUGAGAAUUCUUGCAGUAGAGCUAAGAGUUACUUCUGCGCAUCAUCAAAGAUCACAUGUUCAUCGCCUUCUUAGCAGUCUUCUUGAUGACAAACCUCCUGUAGAGAGUGGUGCUGUUGAUGUUACAGAGCCAUCAUUUGGAUCAACUAGCAGGUCUUCCUAUUCAUUUAUGAAACCUACAACAGGUACCUUUCGCAGAAAAUUCAUGAAAAUUCUUGAUAGCAUACAGUUUCAUCAUAAGAUGCCCGAUGUUCCUCGUUGGGAUUACUUUGAAAAUGAAGAGGUUGAGCGUAUUUUGAAAGAAUGUGAAAUUAGAGAACCAGAUGGUCCUCGACUAAUUGAUGUUGAAGAAUUACAUAACAGAUUAGCUGAAGAAACUAUGGGGUUACAAGGUGCGUCAGUUAUUGGUCAGAGAACAAUUAUGAUGCAGGAAAUAUCAAAAGUUUUAGAGUAUGCCGUAAGCUGCAAUGAAGCACGAGAAGCUGUAUUUGCUAAAAGAUUGCUAUUUGAUGCAUGGAGACAAGUUACUGAAGUUUUGCUUAUUGCAUGCCCACUUGAAAUGUUAGGAAAUGAAAAAAAAGAUCAAAUGGUUCUUGAACUAUCCCAAGAACUGUUAUCAAAAUACUUUUUACCUGGAAUCUCUAAGUACCAAAACGAUGUUGGACACGUGACAAUUGUCACGCCCCUUCACUCCACAUAUACUGUCCUCCCGGAUCCAGCUUCAGCAUUCAUUCUACCUCAAGCACCUUCAAUGGCAACUGACACGGAUACAACAGCCAGUGAUGACUACGACAGCCGGAUAAAAAACAUGCAAAUUGCAUUUUAUUCACAGCUUACCUGGAACCUGGUUAUAAAAUUAAUGAGGUGGAACACUGUUAAGUGA